AACCAUUUUAUCUAUUAAUAAUUGGCAAUAUUUUCCAGCCAUUGAUGUUCAUUUGCAAUUCCUCGUUUCUCAUUCUUUUCUUGAAUUUCCUGUUCCAUAAUUACUCUUAGGUAUUUUUCACCUUCACUCCGCUCCGCUGUUGCUCCCGCCUUUGUCUCCCUUCUUCACUCACUCUACCCUUUUUGAGUCUUCUCCCUCUCACACUCGUCUUUCUCUCCUUUUCUCCACCUCUUUGACUGUGCAUCAUUCCCUCACUUUCUGAGCUUUCUUCACUACCGUCUACUUUUUCUCCACUUUCAUCCUUCCUGGUGUUGCUACAUUCCUCUCCUUGCCAAACCUCGUUUCCCUUUCCAAAUCAUUUCUGCCCAAUUCACAGUCUCCACUUACUGAUUUUUUAAAAUCUCUCUUCCACCCCGCCCCACAUGAUUUUACUGAGUCUCCCAAAUCUCUUUCUCUUGCUGCUCUUUUCAUUCCCCUCGGCGCCGUUGUUUUCUUCCAUUCUCACGCUUUCCCGUUGUUGAUUGACGGAUGAUUCCACCUUGUGCUAUGGUUUGAUUGGUUAGAAUGUACGUAGGCGGACCUAAUGUCGGCCAGACGGAGCGCGGCUUUGAGAAACGGAUGUCCUGCCUCCGAUUGUCCUGCACGAAGCGGAGUGGAGAGAAUAUCAUGGAUGCCAAAGAAAUAAGGGAAUAUGCAGUGAGGUCUUGGAUCAUAUGCAUUUGAUGGGGAAGAGGAUGUCCACAACUGGGAAGCAUAUUAAGGUCAUUUCCUUUGUCAACUGGAAGAAACGGCUUCAAACCCGAAAUAUGAACGUUGUUUCGCAACCGAAAAUUGCUGUCUGACCUGCUGGGUUUUCCCAGCAUUCUGUAUUUAUUGGACUUCCAAUACCUGCAGGUGUUUUUUGAUGUUCAUUAAAAGAAAGUUUUAUUCCUUUUUUUGUCUACAAGACAUUUGCAGAUGAGCAUCACAUCAGGGUCUUCCAGCCUCUUCAUUCACCAGGAUCGGUUUUCUAUUGACUUUGGAAUAUGGCAGAUAAAACUGCUGCAAACAACACAGAGAAGCUGUACAUAUGCUCAGUUUGUGACUGCACCUUCAGUCGAUCUUCCAAUCUGGCAAUACAUAUGCGCAGUCACACAGGGCAGCAGCCAUACAAAUGUGGGGACUGUGGGAAGGGAUUCAACUACCCGUCGGAACUGGAAACUCACCGGCGCAGUCACACCGGCGAGAGGCUUUUCAGCUGCUCUGUGUGUGGGAAGGGAUUCACCCGCUCGUCUCACCUGUUGACUCACAGGCCCGUCCACACCGGGGAGAGGCCGUUCACUUGCUCAGUGUGCGGGAAGGGAUUCAUUCAGUCCUCCCACCUUCUGACACACCAGCACAUUCACACUGGGGAGCGGCCGUUCCGGUGCACCGUUUGUGGUAAGGGAUUCACCCAGAUGUCCAACCAGCUGCGGCACCAGCGUGUUCAUGCAGGGGAAAGGCCAUUCUCCUGCUCCAUGUGUGGGAAGCGAUUCACUCAGUCGUCCACCCUGCUGAGACACCAGCGGACUCACACAGGGGAGAGGCCCUUCACCUGCUCUGUGUGUGGCAAAGGGUUUACUCGGUCCUCCCAUUUACUGGCUCACCAGCGCAUUCACACUGAAGAGAUGCCAAUCAGAUGCUCGACAUCUCGCACCGAGCAGAUCUUUGGUUCAGGUAACACAGGGACCGAGUCAGUUUCCCAGAGUUAUAUGGGAACUCCUGGAGUCUGGAGCGAGUGGGAGAGGGGUCCUGGGAUCUGGGAGCAUUGUGGCAAGAGUGUCUUGGAAUCUGAAAGGACCGAAGGCUACACUGGGAUGGGAUCACAUUGGGAGAGAGACCAUUGGAUUUGGAAACACUGGGGAUGGUCCCAGGAUGCAGGAACACUGGAUGGCGAUUCUAGAUGUUUGUGAGCACUGGAAAGGGAAUUGUGGAAAACUCAGGGCUGGUGAAUGGAGGAACCAGUUUCUGUUGACUUUUAUUAAUAUCCCCAAAACUUGCAGUCACUGGGUUGACCAAGUGCCACCAUCCUGCUAUGACUAUUCCUCUGCAGGAAUGUCAGCUGCCUGUGUCCAGUACAUUCACAUCCCCAGUAUAUAUUGAUUGAUGCUUUCCCCUUUCUUGCUGAUUUACUCAGUCACAGAAUUGUAUAGCACAGAAACAGGACUUUCAACCCACCCCUUUGACCAUUGUAUCAUCUGAUCACAUUUUCUGUUUUACUGCCUACCACUACUUUGGAAAGUAGUUUAAAUACACACAAAGAUUACUUCAUAAAGCGAUCAGAAGUUGUUAAAUAUUACAAGUACUUAGUAACUGCAUCAUUUGCAGAGCACUGGGGCCAACAUGUUGAUGAUAUUCAUGUGCCAUAUUCAUUAUCUAUUUGUCCAUUGAGGAAUACUGACAUGGUUUCCAGCUCUCUGAAUAAUGUUACAUUCUCAGGAUAUAGCUGAACCACCCUGGUUUCCCUGGCUGCCUAAGUCUAGGGAAGACGCUGUCAAGUCCUGCCAAACUUGUGAGAUUGAGAGGGCUCGUCCCAACGCAAACCCUGGUUUGUGUGGGUGCUGUGUAAUUUGCUACACUGUUAGAAGUUGGUAACAGUGUAACAAAUUUAAGUACACUGCGUACAAUUAAAGGAAUUAUAUUUAUGAAUCUUAACUAAAGGGUUAGUCAAGAAUAACAAAAAGAGAAGGGCCCAUUCUAGUUAAAGAGUCAAAUAUGCACAAGCUGAAGCUCAUCUUGAACUUCUCUGUCACCCACGCGCCGGGCGCUCAGUCAACGUGAAAGCACAAACCACUUUCUGAAUGUCGCUCACAAUCCAUCUUGAACAAACAGGUCUCCCACUGGAUUGUACGCUACGACCGGUUCUCCCCAUUUUUUUCUCCCUUCAUCUCCUCUCGAACAAAAGCCCCAAGCCCAAUCUUUUUGUCCCUCACCAAGAGAACCUGCCAACUGGCUGGCACACAUUCCAUAUCAUCCCUUAUCUUCAACAAUAACCCAAGCAGGCUGAAAGCAGAAUAGGCAUGCUCUUACUGAGCUGCUAAAUGAAAUAUCUACAGCUUAAUUGUAAAGAUGUGAACCAGGACAUUACAUAGCCAUCACUGGAAGAACCUAUGUGCACUGUCUGUUAUGAUUGUGCUUUAGAAAGUGGAGUUAAGCUAACCUCUUGCCCAUAUAUUGAAGGAAGGCCUACACUGGCAUUACCAGAUCUUAACACAGCAAUGGUACAGGUAUCAGAAGGAAAACCCAAGUUGCCAUGUACUUCCUUGUCAUUAUCCCUUCUAUGUUGUUCAGAUGUAGUUUUGGGAGGCAGUUGUAGAUAAGUAAUGCUGCUCACUUCAUUAUGGUUUACAUUUCAGUCUUAGAGUCAUGGUGUAAUACAGAAUGGUAAACAUGUCCUUCAUCCCAUCAAGUACAUGCCAACUAUCAUGCGCCUACCCAACCUAAACUCAUUUUAUUCUUCCAACAUUCUCAUCAAUGCCCUCUAGUUCUAGGACUUGACAAGUGGCAGUGCCAAGGAAUCUCUGACUUUGAGAUAUAGGAGGAAACUGGAGCACUGGCAGGAAGCCCACACUGUCACAGGUAGUUGUGCCUUGGUGCUGCAGCUAAAAAUACUGUCACCAUUAUACCUUUUCCCCAGUUCGGAGCAGCCUUUUGUUUCCCUGUCCCAUCCUUCCAAAAUCAUAAAUACAACAGACUUGCAAUCCUCUUUCUAACCAUCAGAAAUGUUCAAAUUUGUAUUUUCAUAUAUCUGAAGCUGUCCUAUCUUGAUAAAUUUUAGUACAAAAGCAAUUCUUCAGGUGCUGGAAAUAUUGAGAAACACACACAAAAUGCUAGAGGAACUCCAAAUUAUUGUACUUCUCCCUCCAUCUUCGUAUUAUGGUUUCUCCCACUUUCUGUCAGACUGGAUCAAGGGUCUCAGCCUGAAAUGUUAACUGUUUAUCGCCUCUCCCUACAUUCUCCCGAAUCUGUUGAGUUCCUCCAGCAUUUUCUCUGUGUUGAUAAACUUCAAUAUCAUUUCCACAGGGCAAUGCCCAUACUGCUUAGAAAAUCUCCAACAUUAGAUAUCACUUUGGUAUUUUAUUUAAUGUUCUGGAAAUCUAAACCUCAAGGUUUUUAAAUACCUUUGAACUCCAGUUCAGUUAGCUAUCGUUUCUUUAAACUCAAUGGUUUUAACUUCAAUACGGCCCAAAUUAGAAAGUGAUGACCACACAGACAGCAACCAUUGAGGAGCUCAAUGGUAUUUUACUUUCCUGCUUGAUUUAAAUCAUUUGUAAAGAUUAAUUUUUUUACACAGUUAAAAGCUACCUUAAUUCUAUUUCAAGAUUUGAAGGAAGGAAAGUAGAGAUUCUGAAAAUGUACAAUUUAAAUGUACAACUUAAUUAAAAUAAAGAUUU